AUGGAAAACAGUUUGAAAAGAAAGUCUCGAGACAAUGGAGACCAUUUAAUCUUCAACAGCUUUUCUCUGGAUGACCUUAAUGAAGAUCUCUUAGAGAGGGUACUUUCAUGGCUACCAACUUCCUCGUUCUUCCGCCUUACUUCAGUGUGCAAGAGAUGGAAGUCAACAGCUGCAUCUGUGAGUUUCAAGCUUGCCUGCUCACACAUUCCUUCCCGGGAUCCUUGGUUUCUGAUGGUUUCUCCCACCCUCAACCAAUCUAUUGUCUUUGACACUGCUGAAAACAGUUGGAAAAAACUCAAUCACUUGCGUCUUCCGCUCGAAGACUCUAACAUAAACUGCAUGCCUGUUGCAUCUUCUGGUGGCCUGGUUUGCUACCGCAAACCUUCAGGAAACUUUGUUGUAUGCAAUCCAGUGACAGGAUCCUGUAGUGAGCUCCCUCCAUUGCAUUCUCCCUCAGAAAAUCAGCCUCUCAAUGCCGUUGUGAUGAGUACAACUUUCAAAGAUCAAAUCUCCUACAAGAUUGUGUUAGUCUUCGGUGAACUCCCUAAUCUUUUGUUUAAAGUCUAUGACUCAGGCUCUGGCUGUUGGGAAGAUGAGACUGCACUGAGGAGGGAGGUUGAUGAUAAUUCCAUUGAUUGUGACUCAACUGAUGAUGACAAUGUUGUGUAUUUCCUUAGUAAGGCUGGAACAGUGGUGGCAAGUAGCAUGCAGAGGAGCCCAUCUAAGCAAUAUUCAUCGGUUAUUACCAACAAAGAUGGUCAGGAGAUGGUGUACUUUCUCAGCUCCUCAGGGACAGUAGUAGCUUGCAAAUUGACAUCCAAGUGCUUCUUUGAGUACCCCAGGUUGUUGCCUGUUUUCAGCGAGUACUCCAUUGAUAUUGUGGAGUGUGGCGGUGAGAUUCUGGUUGUUUUGUUAUCAGAAUUCUUGGAGAGCACAAGCCUUAGGGUGUGGAAAUACGAUGAUGCAAAUCGAUGCUGGCAACAGAUUGCUGCAAUGCCUGCAGCAAUGUCUCAAGAAUGGUAUGGAAAGAAGGCAGAUAUUAACUGUGUUGGAGCCGGGGAUAGGAUAUUUAUAUGCUUGAACUCCCCUGAGCUAUGCACUUACAUUCUGUGUGAUUUGGUGACCAACAAAUGGACCGAGUUGCCUAAAUGUUGCUUGAAUGGAGAAGUCAUGGAGUUCAUGUCUGCCUUUUCAUUUGAGCCAAGGAUAGAGGCUUGUGUAUGA